UUGGUUUGUUGAUAAUAAUGAUGGCUAUAGUGAAAGACAGACUUUUCCUACUUGCAAUUGAAAUUGAUUAAUUGUAUUAAUUACGAAUGAAUACGGUUUCAGUAUGUCGCUGUCAUGUUUUUCCUGGUGUCAGUCAACAGAAGAAAAUGCAGUUAGAGAAAUUGAUUUAUCUAAUUCUGCUCUCCAUGAUGUCCCUCAUUCAAUAUUUCUUCAUGAGCGCACUUUAGACACCCUUUUUCUGAACUCAAAUAGAAUUCAAGACCUGCCUCUACCACUGUUCUACUGCCAGAAUCUGCAGUUCCUGAAUCUGAGUGACAAUGAAAUUGCUUCACUUCCUGCCGCCAUCGGUUCUCUGGUGCACUUGAGAACGUUAGAUCUUAACCGCAAUUGUGUAGAGGAAGUGAAUGAGUGUAUCAAGGGAUGCAGGAAGCUGAGUGUGUUGAAUUUAAGCAUGAACCCUCUGAGGCAGUUCCCUGAGCCAGUCACACAGCUGAUCUCUCUGGAGGAACUUUACCUCAAUGACACCAGCCUAGACUAUCUGCCUGCCAAUGUGGGGCGGUUGGUGCAUCUGCGUAUUCUUGAAUUGAGGGACAACAAGCUCUCUUCCUUACCCAAGGCUGUUGCACGUUUCUCUCGUCUUCUACGUCUCGAUAUCGGACAGAAUGACUUUACUUAUCUUCCAGAGGUGGUGGGUGAGCUCCAUGAACUUCAGGAGCUAUGGCUGGAUCUCAAUGGGAUGCUUGAAGUCCCCUUGUUUCUGGGAAAUCUCAAGAGGCUGUCACAUCUAGAUAUCAGUGAGAAUAGACUGGAAGAGGUACCUCAGGAGGUUGGAGAAUGUCGACUUUUGACAGAGUUAAGUCUCUCAUCAAAUGAUUUAAGGAGUCUGCCUUCAAUGAUUGGAGGAAUAACUAACUUGGUAACCUUAAAGCUGGAUUUAAAUGAUCUGUCUAGUCUACCAAUGUCCAUCGGAGAACUUUUUAACUUGGAAGAACUCUAUGUGGCAUCCAACAAACUUGAAACUCUCCCCUCAUCAAUUGGUCUACUUCGAAAACUAGUUAGUUUAGGCCUUGACUCGAAUCAGCUUCAGUACCUGCCUCCUGAAAUUGGAAGCUGUACAAGUUUAAGAGUUCUCACGGUUCAGAACAACUUGCUGAGAAAUAUUCCUGCAGAGAUUGGCAACUUACAAAACCUGACAGUAUUAAGUCUGACCAACAACCAGCUAAAGAACUUGCCGAUGUCAGUGCUAAAGCUGAGUAGUCUGAAGGCUUUGUGGUUGGUGUAUAACCAGAGCAAACCACUCACUCCCCUGGUCAAGGACUGGGACCCUCAUACAGGUUCCAUGGUCUUAACCUGCUAUUUGUUGCCCCAGACUCAUUCUCUCUCAGAUUCAUCUUACAAUGUUGAAGAUGAUGUAAAUGCCAUUAAUUAUAAACAAAAGCCAAAUGAAAAGCCUAAAAUAAGGUUUUCUAUCAACCCUGUACUGGAGAGACAGAGUGUUCUGUUUCGUGCUCCUACACCUUAUCCGAAGAAACUGAGAGAAUUAGCGAAAUGUGCAAGAGCAAUAGCUUCACAGUGCAACUACGCAAUACCAGAACAGAAUGGUGAACUGUCCGUAGUGAAUGUUAGCGGUACCAAUGUACUGGUGGACCAAGUACGGACGGCGAUUGUCAAGAAACACACCCCUUCCAUGGUAAAUGGAAACUGUUUGAACGGACAGAUGCCCAAAGAAACAGAAACUCCUGUGCAGAGGCUACAGCAACCCCCACCUUACCACAUAGCAGCUGCCUUUUCCAAACAGGCACCAUUUUUUCAGAAAGAAACAUAUAUUCAUAAAGAGGAAAGGCGAACGGAUAUUGACACAGAAGCUCUUUCGACCCUUAAGGAUGAGUUGCUUCACCACUUACCACCUAACGAGUGCCAGCUGUCACAAUCGGAGCAGUCAGGCAGUGUUGAGCUAAUAUAUCCGGUGACAACUGCCCAGUGCCAUGACCACGAAACACAGAAUGAUACAGCAGGCUGUCGCCUCAACAGUCUUCCUCUCACCUACUCAGUGGCUAUGAGUGAUGUCGACAGUGCUUUUGUUGAUAAUAUUGAUUCUACGUACAGAACUGUUGAGCCACAUCGAUCAGAAAUUGUCAACAAAGUUACCACUCCAUCUCAAAAUGGUAAUGAUGGAACAUACUCAGCCUAUCCGGGAAUCAUUACCAUUGACAAUUCUUCUGAAGAGGCACUCCCAUUUGACAGCAAUGACUGCUUACCUUUUGACUCGAGCAGUUACCCUAUCUCUAAAGUCAAUAACUGGCUUUGUUCCAAGAUAAAAGGUCCUGUGACAGAAAGUGGUUGUGAACUCAUCAACAUGUACCCUUGUGAGAACAGUGACAUAUACAACAGUGAUAAUAAUCAGAAUAUUCAAGCCUCUAGUUCAUCAGUUGCCAUAAUUGGUAAAAAACAAGAAGAGUUAAUUACUUCUUCCAAGAUCACCAAGCCAUCAAAAUUGCCUUGGCUGUUUGGUGUGCAUAAAAACCCCAAAGUUGUUGAGGUAACGGUCAAUAAAUCUGAGACUGAAUUAGGAUUUGAUAUAGCAGUCAUAAAUUCUGGCGUGUAUGUGAAGAGUGUAUCUAAUACCCUGGCAGCUAAUGGAGGAUUGAGGGAAGGAGACAAAAUACUGCAAGUAGAAGACCAAUCAAGUUUGGCCUCCAUUUUAUCCACUCUCAACAAUGCUGUUGGCUCUUUUUCAAUGAUGAUCUCUCGUCAGACAUAAUUGUUAUCUUGUUUGAUAUUUCUGUACAGUAUUAUUUAUUAUUUACUUAUUUAUUAAUGUUUUUAACUGGAGAACAGUUAAUUUGUCAAAGUGUACAACUAAUUAUUCUAACUAUACUUGAUUGUUAUUUAAAUUAACUAAUCAAGAAAUUUUCUGCUGAUAAAGUAUUAUUUUAAGUAUUAUUUUAAAUGUGUGCUAAGAGUAUGACUUAUGGUGUGAAUUGUUUUAUAACUUUUUAUUAAGAUUGUGAUAUAACUCAUAUAUGUGUGCAACUUGUGUAACUUUGAAUAGUAAUAUCUAAUUUAUUUUAAUUGUAAUUAGUUUUAACCAUUGUCCACGAUUAACAAAGAGAAACCUCUAAGAGAAAGGAGGAAUGCUAAUUUUUAAAUAAUAGGUAUGUAUUAUUCUUAAAUUUAAAUAGUUUAUAAUUGCAAAACCAUGUUCUGUUUAAAAUUGAAUAUAAUACUUUUCAUUGUUGACUAUGACAUUUAAAACAACUUCUUAGACCUGGAAAUUUUAAGUUGUCGUGGUAGAAUAUGUUUCAAGUUAUAAUAAGAUACUUUUGUGCCUGAAGUAUGUGUUUGUUAGGUUUAUUUAUUUUAUGAAAAGUACAACUAGAAAAUAGUACCUAUAAUUUAAGGAUCUAUUUAGCUCAGCAAGCUUUAUAUUAUAAUAGAAAUUAUGUUCCAUUACGGACCUAAAUUAGUAGCUGUUAUGGCGGGUGACGUCAGGCAUAAAAAUAGGGACAAUACGGCAGUAAAACUAAUAGGUAUUGGCAUAUAUUAACUAAAUAGUAAUUGCCUCCAGAAAAUGUGUCAGAACCAAAUGAAAGAAACAUAUUGGUAAAAGAUCUCAUGAAUAUGUACAUAAAAGAUAGAGAACUUAUAUUUUGGACAGGCUAAUUAUUACCAUACGAUGAAUACUUCAGAGUUGCAUAAAUUAGUCUUUCCAUGCACAGGACUGAAAACAUAAUAAUUUUUUUUAACUCGAUUUAGCAAAACAUUUUAUUACUAGAUUUAAUCAAGUAAUCAGGGAAAAACCAAUUGUAAAUGGGGACUGCCUAUAAGUAGACUUAUGAUAAAAUGUCUUCAAUGGAUAUGGUUUAGUUAUCAAAUUUAUUACAUUUUAUAAAUCUGUAUAUGUAAAUCCUUAAAUUUCAAUAAAUAUCAAUAGACUGAAAGUAGAUUGAAAUAGAAGUGGUUUUUUUAUUAAAUAUUAAACAAUCUUAGGUAUUAUAUUAUCUAACUAUUUAAUUAUAUAAGACAAUAAUUUAAUAAUUUUGUAAUGAAUUAAAUCAAGUACAUCGCAUUUCAUAUAGUUUCCACUAAUCAAAUUUAUGGCAAGGUUUUAUAAAAAUUUAUAACUGUCGAAUUAGUUUGUAAUACUUUUCUUUAUAGUUACUGCCAAAAAUAACAUGUUAAUGAACUGAAUACCAGAUGUAACAUUUUACAAUAACUUAACCCAUUGGUCUAGGACACGUGCGUAACACUGUUCUGUUCAGUUGCUGUAUAUUUUUGUAAUGUUUCUUGGUGUUUUAUGCGUGGUUUAUGGUGAACUAAAGACCCUAUGCAUUAUAAAAGAACUAAAAUUUAGUAACAAUCAAACAUUUACAUCAACUAAUUGUGUUGUAUUUUAGGCCUAUUUAUUAGUUUGAUUUUACAUGAAUCUAAUUGUUAACAAAAUAUUUGUUUUUCAAUAAGCCCAUAAAUUGAAAAGUUUUUCUUUUUUUCUUUAAAAAAUUUCCUAUAUAUCGGAUUAUAUGUAGAUGUAUGUGUGCAUGUGUGUGUGUGUUUUCUUAAUGUAUAGAAAAUGAGAAAUUGUAAUAAAUAUUACUAUAUGUUUAGAAAAUUUAAUUUUGAAAACGUAAAUGAAAAAUGGAAUAAGCAACAACAUUUGUGAAAAAAGUUAAAAUGGUUUGAAUGUAAUAUUAUAAUCUCAUCAAUAUUAACUGCUAGUGCAAGUCUACCACGUGUUUCAAGUAUCAGCUAGGCCAAUGGGUUAAAAUGGAAUAGUCAUUUCAUAGUUUUAACUUAGGUUAUUUAAUAAUUUAUAUAUUAUUUAGGAAUAUUGUGUCACUUGACUGGUAACAAAUUAUUACUAAUUUUGUGUGAUGUUUACUGGGACUCACACUCCCUCUUUUACCCACCGCUUCUCCUACUAGCCAAAGGCUCAAUUCUGAAGUCAAGGUGUUCAAAGCAGCUAGCUCUAAGGUCUCAAACAUCCCACAUUACAAAAUGGAGUGGCAACAAGCUGAAUUUUAAUAUUAAAUUCCUCAGUCAUAACUCAUAUGGCACAUAUAGACUUGCCAAAGUAAUUUAUUAUAAAAGUUUUGUGAUGACAGCACAUUUUAUUAUUGUUUCACAUAUUCAUAAAAGAAAUAAACAAAUGGGCCUCUAGAAUAAAAGAUAUGCCCUGAAUCUAUGUUUUCUGUUAAAAUCCUGUUAGUAUACAGAAUAAUAAUAAAGAAAUUUCGAGUAAGCAAGAGUGCUUAAAGAAAAGAAUGGCUUAAAGAGAAGGUGCAGUAGACAAAGUUUCUGAGCAUGUCCACUCUUAUGUAAUCCUGGUUUCUAUUUCAGACAAGGUGGCAUGGUUAAGGCAAUUUUAGAAAGAAAACAUCAUAAAAGAUCAGAUAAUGAAUUAAAUAAAAUAAUUUUAAUGUUUAAAAUCUGGUAAUCCACCUAACAAGAACAAAGACAUGAUUUUUGAGACACUGCUUAUUACUAUUCAGAGAAAAUCAAGAUCAUGCAUAAGCUUACAUCUGUUUAGUGAGAUUUUGGAGCAUGUGUUCGAAUCAACUCACUUUCUAUUUGAAUAAAUGACUCGUGGAAGGGCUAGACAGUCUGUAACCUCUGAGGUUGAUUGAGAAAUCUUAAUAUCAUCAUCAUUAAACUGGAAGUCCAGUAUGUAACACAUAUAGAAAUAUCCAAUGUUUUAUAUCAGUGAGUGAGUCAGUCAGUUAGUGACCAAUAUAGGUUAAUGUUCACACUGAAGAUAGUUUAUACCGAAACACGUGUCUGAAAUAAAAGAAUUUUAAAAGGGUUUUAGCUUUAUAAAAUUAGAUAAAGAAUAGCUUGAUAUUGUACCAAUCUCUAUUGUAUGCUAUAAUAUCAUCUACAUAAAAAAGCUACAAUAUAUUGAAGUAAGAUUUAAAAGUUUAAGUUUGAUAUAUAGCAUCAAGUCUAAUUAGAAAAAUAGAUCUAAUAUCAUAAAGCUGAGUCUGAUUCCAUAAAUCAUUAAAAAGCUUUAAGACUUAUUAAAUUCAGUUAUGUUAUUCGUCGUGAAAAGGAUUGCAACAGACUUUAUUUGCAAUGUGUCAUUGUUUGGCAGACCUCUCCCCAAAUGGACUGAUCUUUGUUUGUCUCCAUUCCAGUCCUUUAUAGUUGCAUUAACCAACUCUGGUAUGGAAGAGGUUAAUCAAACAUUGUCCCUUCCUGACCAGGCUCAUUCUAUAACUUCUUUUGUUUAAUCAUCUGUCAAUGAAUGACAAAUUAUCUCACAGUUGGAAUUAAUAGAAAAGCUACCAAUAUGUAGGUAGACUGAUCAAAGGAUUAUGUUAAGGAACUGGAGCCGGCUUACCUGGACUGAAAGAUCUUGUAAAAUGGAAAGAUUGGGAGUUGACAAAAUCUUAUAAGACUCUAUAAUGAAGAUACAGAUUCUAAAUUCUUUAUUCAUAUAUUUUGAGAACAGAACUGCUAAUAAGAAUAUGCAAGUGAAUAAAUAUUUAGUUCAUUGAGUCAGGUAUUACAGAAUUAUUUGAUAAUGUAGAGUUCUUUGCAGCAAUUAGGUCUUCAGUUUUUUUAAGUUCUUGAUGUCUUUACAUCUUUUUAAGUAUUCUGGGAAAAGAUUGAAACGUUUCCUUCAUAUGUAGGUUGGUUUAUUUAUUAAAGGUGGUGUGUUGUAAUGGUAUAGACAGUAACAUCUCUGAUAUUGUAGUCGUAACUUUCACUUAGCCGAUUUGGUUUCUGUGUUUUGUAAAUAUAACAGUAGUAAAUAUAUUACAUUUUUUACACCUGCUUCAAGUUUUUUCAUGAUGAGUUGUACCACAUCAUUAUUCCAUAUCUUAUGUGAAUUUCUAUCAGUGAGAAGUACGCAGUCAUGUUUGCAUCAUUGUUACAGGUGUUUUUUAUUCUUUUGAAAACAUACAGGCUAAAACUGUUUUUUUGUAGAAUGCAGCAAUAUGGAUUCCAAGAUUGCUUCUUGUCUAAGUACUUUGUGUCAUUGUUUUGGAUUAUCUUUAGCCAAUCUUGAAAUUCCUUGGUUCUCCUGCUGGUAUAACCCAAAUUACCAGUGGGUUUUUUGUUUUAAUUAAGGAUUAGAUUGUUAAUAAUAUUGGCAAUGUUGCUUUGUCAUAUGAAGGGCGAAGGAAUUUAUUUUUAAAGCUUUCUGGUCAUUGCUAGAAGUGCUGUACAUGGAGUGUGUAAGGAUUUUGUACUUCUUACUGUUUUUGCAUCUUUUAUAAUUUUUCACACCUCAAAUAGCUCUCUGUCCGUUGUUAGCAUUGUAAAUGAAAUGAGAUGUUGACUGUCUCCUUUAUUAUUUAGCAGUGUGUCUUGUUUAAUUUCAUUGUAGCAAAUCAUGGUUUCCAUUUUUAGUGCUCUUAGAAAACUUUUUCUUACGUUUUUGGUAUAGACCAGAAAAGUUAGAGGAUAGUCAUGGCAUUGGUCCAAAUCUAGGAACAAAAAUUAUUGCUUUGAAACCAACUUGUUCAAGAUUGAUGUAAGCAUCAAAGAAGGUUAAACUAAGACUGAGCAACUUUUAGUGCUAUAGAACGGAACAUUUUAUGUAUAAAUCAUCUUAUUAUCUUAUAAUUCUAGAUACAUAUAUGAUCUGUCGGUUAGCUUUGCUUCACAAAAUUAUUCUAGCAAAACGGCUUUUGUGUAUAUUUUUAUUUGGGAAUCCACUCAUACCAACACCCCAGAAAUUUUCUUUCAGGUCAGUGACACCUAAGCAGAAAAACUAGAAAGAGUUCGUGUCUAAAAUAGCAAUAAGACCCAAAUAGAACUUUUUAGAACUUGCUAAAAACAGUUUGAUGGGAUAAUCAGUUUCUCAAUCAAAACUCAAAUAUCACUUUCACACAUAGCUAUGGUGACUCUGACGUCGAAACAAUGUAAAUAGUUUAUUUUGAAAUUUCUAUUGCCGACUUCAGAUUCCAGGAGUCAAGGCUGUGACAGUGUCAGAUUCCAGACACUGCACUAAGAGGAAGGUGAACUGGAGCUAAACUCAACAUUAACACCACUUUGAUAUUGUGUAAAAACUUUCCAAGGUCAUUGUUAAAAAAUGCCAUAUGACACAAAAAGUUUUCAGUGGAAAUAUGUCUAAUUACCAGGUUAAAUGUCCCAAGUAUGACCAACAAACAUAUAUCUCAUGCAAACUUUACAUCCCAAAACUCUUAGCUCUCCGUUUUCUAUGAAUACAUUGUAACUUUAUAGAAAAAAAAACCAGCUUUAGUAUUAUAAUAUGAACAAGAAGGAAGAUGAAACUACAGUCAUGCAUCUACUAGUAUUCAUGCAUCUUAUAUUCAAUCUGUUCCAGAAAAAAGAAUUUUCUCUGCUAAGCCUUCAUUGUUGUAUUUGUGUAACUCCAGUCCUUCUUCCAAACUACAGUCAUGACAUUCUAAAGAUGGCUUCUCACCAAGGAUGUCUAAGUAUCAGACAAGAUAUUGAAAAAUUGAGACACAGAGUGAUCCACAUAAAACUCUUUGGUUCCUAAUAGCUUUCAAAACAACAUCGUUAAUUUAUUCACGUCUGAUUAGAAUCCAUAAGAACACUAAAAGAUUAUGCAUGAUAUAUUUUGAUUCUAUAGCCCCCAAUUCUGAACAACAAGAAGGAGAUGACACAAAUAACCAUGGUGAAUUAGUUGUUUUAAUUUAUAACAUGACAUGUUAUACAUAUUAUACAUGUUGUAAUACACAUUGUGUUAGAACUAUGCAAAUUUAAUAGCAAUGUAACACAAUGCUUUAAUCAAUAACAAGAAACUAAUUGAAAUUAACUUGAAUAUUGGUAAUUAUAAUCAACUGCACAAAUACACAAUACAGAGCGAUUGUGAAGUCAGCACUUGAAUUCUGGUUGCAUAAAUCUGACAUAUGAACAACAAUGGAUGGGCUUUACUUGAUGCCAUUUAUAACAUGGUGGUUAAUUUAUCAAGGAAUAAAGUUUUCUCUGAGUAGGAUAGGUUAAAAUUUCAUAGAAAAAUGCUUUAACAUUUCUUCUUGUAUGGAUCCAGUAGAUCCACUGAGCACUAACAAGUAAUUCCUGAUUUUUCCUCUAAACAUUAUUGUCAAAAGAUGGUUAAUAAACUGAUCAGAAAAUUUAAGUUUAAUUUUGUAGUUGUGUUGAAAAAUGGUCAAUUAACUGCCCACUUUUAGGAACUAAAAAAAAAGUCAUACAUUUUAACUAAUAAGUAUUUAUAAAAAAGUUGAGUAUUAUAAAAUUAAGACUAGUCUUAGUAAUUACACUUUCUGAUACCGGUUAUAAUUGUUGUUUUAGCAUUUACAGAACCUGUAAUUAAAAUUGUAUAAGAUUAAUUUUUUAUUCUUUGAAGAUAUGUUUUUAAGGCUAGUGAUAAAUGUGUGUGUUAAUAUAAAACAUAUUGUUAUAAAUGAAUUAAAACACUUAAGCAUGCA